UUGGUGGGGAGCACGCGGCUGAACUGCACGCGCGGAUCGAUGGGGCGCGUUGCGAUCGGCGAAAACGCGUUUCGAGACUCCGGCGACGAGCAGCCUGCCGCUGUAGUCUGGUGAGCGUGCGCGCCGCGUGCGCGCGCGUGCGCCCGACUAGACCAGCGGCCCGCACACACACACACACACGCACACGCACACGCGCGCGCGCACGCACACACACUUAACAUUCGUUCGCAACAUGGCGUUGAAGCGCCGAGAGACACGACGUCUCUCCCCCGAAUGAAGCGCGCUCAUUGUUGGCGGAGGAACGGGACCGCUGAGCGGACGGACGGACGGACGUGUCCACGGUCCUUUACGCACCGGCGGAGACAAUAGCGGAUUCCAGCGUGUGCACGUCGCUGUAACGGUUUAUCUGGCUGUAUAGACGCACGCUGCUGCCCCACUGGUGGAAAUCAAAGGCUGUACAUGGCGGUGGAGAGCACUAUUUGGCUACUCGGUCUUCUUGCGCUGCUUUGUGGUCCGUCCAAUCAAGAUAAGCCGGUGUCAGUAGAACUGAGCUGCGGCGCUGGGCCCGGCCACGUGGUGUUGGAGCCGGGGUCGCCGCUCCAGCUGGACUGCAGUCUGGGAGCCAGCGAGGGCCCGCUCAACGUGACGUGGCUGCAGGACGGCCGGCCGCUGCCCCCGGAAGGCGGCGCCCACCUGCAGCGCCUGGUUAAUGGCUCGCUGCUCCUGCUGCCCCCCCCCGCGGGCCAACAGCCCCCCCUGUCUGUGCAGGGGGGCUACAGCUGCAUCAGCGCCAGCGCCGCCGGUGCCCUGACCAGUCGCACCGUCAACGUGCAUCUGGCAAAUCUGUCCAGGUUCCAUCAGCAGCCGUCGCCUCAGACCGUGCCCGCUGGGGGGGCCGCCCGCUUCCAGUGCCAGAUCGAGGGCGUCCCGUCGCCUGUGAUCACCUGGGAGAAAGACAACGUGACCGUCCCUGAGGAGACGAGGUUCCUUCCGCUUCCUAAUGGGGUGCUGCAGAUCCUGGAGGUGCAGAAGGAGGAUGAAGGCGCCUACCGCUGCGUCGCGUCCAACUCUGCCAGGACGGACGUCAGUGAGGAGGCCAGGCUCACUGUCACCACAGGUUCGGUUGAAGCUCUGAACAGAGUUGUGAUUGUUGCACCACCUCAAAAUGCCACAGUGGUGCUCAGUCAUCCUGCCGUGAUGGAAUGUAUGGCACAAGGCCAGCCCAAGCCGCUGGUGUCCUGGAGCAGACAAGAUGGAAAGCCCAUUUCCACUGACGUGAUCGUCCUCGCUACAAACCUGGUGAUCAGGCACACGCGGCGCCACCACGCCGGCGUCUACGUCUGCCGGGCCAACAAGCCCAAGACCAGGGAGUUCGUCACUGCUGCUGCCGAGCUUCACGUGCCCGCCCCCCCCGUCAUUCUCCAGCCCCCGGAGGCGGUGUCUCUCUCGCGGGGAAACACCGCCCGGUUCGUGUGCAACAGCUCCGCGGAGCCGGCGGCGGCGCUGCGCUGGCUGAAGGACGGGCGGCCCAUCAAGUCGCUGGUGCGCGUGAAGUCGCCGAGCCCCGGCGUGCUGCUCAUCAACCAGCUGGCGCUGGAGGACGCCGGCUACUACCAGUGCAUCGCCGCCAACCGCCUGGGCACGGCCUGCGCCAGCGCCAGGCUGACGGUCAUCGUGAGGGAGGGGCUGCCCAGCCCCCCCCGCCGCCUGUCCGUCACGCCCCACUCCAGCACCACGGCGCUGCUCGCCUGGGAGAGGCCCGAGCACAACGCCGACCAGAUCAUCGGCUACUCCGUGCACUGCCACCGCACGGCGGGCUCCGACGGCGUGGAGUACCAGUUCGCCAUGAACAACGACACCACGGAGUACCACGUGAGGGAGCUGCUCCCGCACACGGCCUACACCUUCUUCGUGGUGGCGUACUCGCCCAUGGGCGCCAGCCGCCCGUCUCUGCCCGUCACCGUGGAGAUGCUGGAAGACGUGCCGAGCGCCCCACCUCAGCUGUCCAUAGCCAGCACCUCCCCCACAGACAUCAGGCUGAUGUGGCAUCCACUGUCCUCGCAGCACAGCCGAGGAGCCGUGACCCGCUACCGCAUCGAGUACAGCUCUGUGGAUAAGGUGGACACUGUGUUCUCAGUGGAGGUGGCAGGUAAUGAGACUCAGUUCACGCUGAGGGAACUGCAGCCCAACCAGAUCUACCGGCUGAGGAUCGCAGCAGGAACGGGGAUCGGCUUCGGGGUGCCGUCUGAGUGGGCUCAUCAUCAGACCUUAGCGCACUACAAUCACAGUGACAGCAGCAUGGUGAUCUUCGCCCCGACUGAGCUGAAAGUCCGGACCCGGGUCAGUACACUCAACGUGACCUGGCACCCCUCGCCCAAUCACACGCUGGUCUCCGGUUACAAGCUGUCAUAUCGUGAAGUGGAGGCGGAGGAGUCAGCGCAUGGGGGGAGACCCGCACAGACCCACACCGUCAGACUCCGUAAGAAGGCCAGGUUUCACCUCCUCACUGGGCUCGCUCCAGACCAGCAGUACGAGGUGAGGGUUUGGGCGUUCACCAAGCAGACGGAGGGCGCAGCUGCAGUGUGGAAGGGCAGCACAGACAAGGCUGCCGACAAAACGCCGUCGCCGCCCAUGCGCCCGCCUCCGUUGCCGCCCAGCAGCAUCCACGCCGCGUCCAACGGCUCCACCUCCAUCUGGCUGCGCUGGGAGAAGCCGCGCUUCAGCAACGUGCGCAUCAUCAACUACACGGUGCGCUGCAGCCCGGCCGGGACCACCAACGCCUCGCUGGUCUCCUAUCACACCAGCUCUGCGCAGGAGAUUCUGCUGGCAGCGCUGAAGCCCUUCACCCGCUACGAGCUGGCGGUGCAGUCUAACGGAGUGGACGUGGUGGGGCCCUUCAGCGGCACGGUGGAGCAAAGCACGCUGUCCGACCGGCCGUCGUCACCCCCGGAGGAGGUGCAGCUGAGUGCUCUGGACUCCUCCUCUGUGCUGGUGAGCUGGCGCCCUCCAGUGGAGCCCAACGGCAUCAUCGUCAGCUACAGUGUUCUGUACACGGGGAACCUCAGUCAGCCAGAGUACAUGUGGAAAAACCUCACACAGGAUGGAAGCAUCACCAGUGCAGAGGUCCAGGGUUUGUCCAGUGGUGCUCGUUACUAUUUUAAAGUAGGAGCAUCCACUGAGGUGGGGCCAGGGCCGUACUCGCCUCUGAAGGAUGUCCACAUUCUCCACAAAUACGAGCUGGACGUCCACGCAGUGACCGGCAUCAUAGUCGGCGUGUGUCUGGGGCUCAUAUGCAUCCUCCUCUGCAUGUGCUUCAGCUUGCGCAGCAGCAAAGCCAGGUACGGUAGCGGCGCGGCGUCGCCACGGCGACCGCGUCCUGAUCCAUUGGUCCCGCUUGGCUCUCAGCGCUGCCCUGUUUCCGCUCCACGCAGGGAGGCGUCCGGGGGCCUGGACCCCACGGCGGCCGCGCUCCAGCACAGGAGAGGCGGCUGCCCCGUCCCCUCCGCCGUGCACGAGUGCAGCGACAGCCACGAGCUGGAGACGCUGAUGCCCCCGGGCGGCCAAAGGUGCGCUCAGCCGCUGGCGGAGGCGCCCGAGGAGCAGAGCCUGAUGGCAAGCGUUAACCCGCCAGAAGGGGAGGAGCCCCCUGCGCCCGAAGCCAAGGCUGCUUGGAAUGGCUCUGUGAGUCAUAACUGGGCCAACAGAAUCACUAGAUACAGAGACACCAUAACAGAAGACUCUCCAACGCUCGUUAAUGGAGCUCUCACCAUGCUCAUUACUGAUAAGGACACGGGUUUGGAAGAUCGACUGUGCUCAUACGUGUGCAGCAACCAGGUGGAGGCAGAAGUCAUCGUUCACUCAGAGCUGUCGGAUCCCGCGAGGGAUGAGGAGGAGGAGGAAGAGGAAGGGGGGCGCCGGAGGGAGACAGAUUCCAGCACCACCAGGGGACCUUCAUUAUCAGAGGGCAAAUAUUCCCCCCUGAGCCAGAUAAGCCCUGCAAUAGAGACAGAACCCCCAGAAAAACUCUCGCUGGCGAGUCUUCCCUCGAUUAAGUCGGUGGCCAAUCACAACGGGGUGCUGGACGACAGGGGGGAGGAGCCCACUGCAGACCUGGAGCCGCAGCAGGACACGGGGCUGACUAAUGGCUUCCACUCCCCCAAGACUGUGAGGCCUGCGCUCAGGUCAGAGCACCUGGAGGCGGGGGAAUCCAGACACUGCCCUUCCGUAGCGGGGAAGACGGCCUCUGUGGGCCGGACCCCCGCCCCCUUCGUCAGCUCCGGCCUCGUCCACUCUACCUCAGCAGCACACAGCUAUCUGUGCCCGUAGCCUCACGCACACACACACACACACACACACACACACACACACACACACACACACACACACACACACACACACACACACACACACACACACACACACACACACACACACAGAUUGAUUUUCUUCCCUUCAUACCUAGGGAGAAUUCCCAUGGCUUAUUUUCAUGCACCUCAUUAUUGGAGUUCUUUCUCUUCCUUGCAAACUUUUAGAUGCUUUGAAUUCACCACACGCUGCAUAAACAGCGCAGUAUGUAUGUACUCAUAUGUUAAUGGGGGAGCGUUUCCGUCUGUAAGGUUGCAAUCAGGCAGAGCAGAGGGACGCGGCCUGUGAGGAGGUUGUUUCCACUGCGUUGCUCUCGUGACUCCGCUGGUUCUCC